UAAUCUGACGCAUUUCUUAUUACCAGCCUGCAAAUAAGAGCGAGAUGGCGGAGGAACCGAGCGUCGAACAGUUCAAAGGCAAGCCGAGGCUCCCCAAGUUCGCCAUCCCCAAGAGGUACGAUCUCUUCCUCAAGCCGGACCUCUCCGCCUGUAAGUUCGCGGGAGCCGUCCAGAUCGCGAUCGAUGUCGUCGCGGCUACCAAGAUCUUGGUCCUCAAUGCUGCCGAGCUCGCCAUCAAGGACGACUCCGUCUGGUUCAAGAAUCCAAGCUCGUCGAAGGAAAUACGCCCCUCGGAGAUCGUUCCGGUGGAAGAAGACGAGAUCUUGGUGUUUAAAUUUGACGAGGUUCUUCCGCUGGGACAGGCCGUUCUUGGAAUCGGGUUUGAAGGAACCCUAAACGAUAAGAUGAAGGGGUUCUAUAGAAGUACCUACGUGCAUAAUGGGGAGAAGAAGAACAUGGCGGUGACUCAGUUUGAGCCUGCUGACGCCAGGCGCUGUUUUCCAUGUUGGGAUGAACCUGCCCAUAAGGCUACAUUCAAAAUAACACUGGAAGUACCCUCUGACCUAGUAGCAUUAUCAAAUAUGCCGGUCAUUGAAGAAAAAGUUGAUGGGCCUGUCAAGACUAUCUCUUUUCAGGAAUCACCGAUUAUGUCAACUUAUUUGGUGGCUGUUGUUGUUGGUUUGUUUGAUUACUUGGAAGACUUCACAACUGAUGGGAUUAAGGUUCGUGUGUACUCUCAGGUUGGUAAGAGUAACCAAGGAAAAUUUGCUUUGGAUGUUGCUGUGAAGACAUUGGAUCUGUACAAAAAAUACUUCGCUGUACCUUACUCACUUCCCAAAUUGGAUAUGGUUGCUAUUCCUGAUUUUGCUGCUGGUGCUAUGGAGAACUAUGGUUUGGUCACAUAUCGGGAGACAGCUUUGCUAUACGAUGCCCGCCACUCAGCAGCUGCAAAUAAACAACGGGUGGCGAUUGUUGUUGCACAUGAAUUGGCUCACCAAUGGUUUGGAAAUCUCGUGACAAUGGAAUGGUGGACUCAUCUAUGGCUUAAUGAGGGGUUCGCAACAUGGGUCAGCUAUUUAGCAGCAGAUUCAUUAUUUCCUGAAUGGAAAAUUUGGACACAGUUCCUCGAUGAGACUACAAUGGGCCUUAGGUUGGAUUCACUUGCUGAAUCACAUCCCAUUGAGGUAGAUAUAAAUCAUGCUAGUGAGAUUGAUGAAAUUUUUGAUGCAAUAAGCUACAAAAAGGGGGCAUCUGUUAUUCGAAUGUUGCAAAGUUACCUUGGUGCUGAAUGUUUUCAGAGAUCAUUGGCUUCAUAUAUAAAAAAAUUUGCUUGUUCCAACGCAAAGACUGAAGACCUAUGGGCUGUUCUUGAGAAUGAAUCAGGCGAACCAGUAAAGAUGUUAAUGGAUUCGUGGACUAAGCAGAAAGGUUAUCCUGUUGUCUCCGUGAAUGUCAAAGACGGCAAGUUGGAAUUUGAGCAGUCUCAGUUUUUGUCAAGUGGGUCUUCAGGGGAUGGCCAAUGGAUUAUUCCUGUAACGCUAUGUUGUGGUUCACAUACAGCUCAGAAAAAGUUUCUACUAAAAACGAAAUAUGACAAGUUGGAUAUGGAAGAACUUGUUGAUUCAUCUGGUGAUGCCACUAGCUUGUUGGCUAAAGGAAAUCAAGGGAAAGUUGGAUGUCUUUGGAUCAAAUUUAAUGUUGACCAAACAGGUUUUUAUAGGGUGAAAUAUGAUGAUGAACUUGCAGCUAGACUUAAAUAUGCAAUAGAGGCCAAUCAACUGUCUGCAACUGAUCGGUUUGGUAUUCUGGAUGAUUCUUUUUCCCUGUGCAUGGCUUGCAAGCAGACAUUGUCAUCGUUGUUCUCCUUGAUGGCUGCGUACCGAGAAGAGUAUGAAUACACUGUGGUGUCACACAUAAUAACGAUAAGUUACAAGAUUGUGAGCAUGGCGUAUGAUGCCACUCCGGAAUUGUUGGAUGACAUAAAAAAGUUCUUGAUUAAUCUUCUCCAGUUUUUGGCAGAAAAGUUAGGUUGGGAUCCAAAGGAUGGUGAAAAUCACCUGGAUGCAAUGUUGAGAGGAGAGCUGCUGACUGCUCUUGCUGAAUUUGGACAUGAUCUCACUCUAAAUGAAGCAGCAAGGCGUUUUCAUGCCUUCUUGGAUGAUAGAAACACAUUACUCCUUCCCCCAGAUAUAAGAAAGGCUGCAUACGUUGCUAUAAUGCAGACUGUUAACAGUUCAAACAAAUCAGGAUAUGAAUACCUUCUGAAGGUUUACAGAGAGGCUGAUCUAAGCCAGGAGAAAGUUCGUGUACUAAGUGCCUUGGCAUCUUGUCCUGAUCCUGCUGUUGUUCGUGAUGCUCUAAACUUUUUCCUUUCUUCGGAGGUUCGGAAUCAGGAUGUUGUUUAUGGACUUGGUGGAAUUAGCAGGGAAGGACGUGAUACUGCAUGGAUAUGGUUAAAGGAAAACUGGGAUCACAUCUCAAAAACAUGGGGCUCUGGAUUUCUACUUACACGUUUUAUCAGUUCCAUUGUGUCACCGUUUUCCUCUAGUGAAAAAGCUGAAGAAGUAGAAGAAUUUUUUGCGAGUCGGGCCAAGCCUUCAAUCUCUAGAACCUUAAAACAGAGCCUGGAGCGGGUUAGAAUCAACGCAAAUUGGGUUCAAAGUAUUAGGAAUGACCGGUCCCUAGGAGAUAUGGUAAAGGAGUUGGCCUACAGGAAGCACUAGGGAGCAGAUCAUCCACCAAUCCAUAAAACCUUCCGUUACAGAGUGAGAAGAAUAAUACUACUGGAUGAUCGAGUGGCUUGUCUUGGAGAAAUAUCUCCAAUAUCCCUGGCAAAUUAGUAGAUUAGUUGUCUCUCUUUUGUGUAACUUAUUGCAUUGUAAGAUGUAACUUGCAAAUGCGGCAGGUAAUGGUUGUUGCUUUUAUCUGGGUUGCGAUUCUGAUUGCGUGCUGAUAUGGCCCUUCUUAGCUUUUUGGCUACGUUCUCUUAAGUGAGGUCCUGACAUGAAGUGGUUUUUCUCCCAAACUCGUGACAUUCCUGCUACAGUGCCUUGUCAAUAAGACGAAUUCGUUUAUUUUAAA